AUGGCUUCGUUUUCAGGCAGCAGCAGAGGCGGCUUUGCUCCACGCAGAGGGCGAGGGCGAGGCCGCGGAGGAAGCGCUCCAUACUUCGCGCAAAACAGGGAGCAGGUGAAGCCCGAUCUCGAGAAAAACCCGCUUGGAGACGUUGUGAAAGUGUUUCGCAGCUCCGAUCUGAGCCUGAAACCAAUCGACUUGGCGGAGAUAUCGAAUUGCCAACAUGUCGCGUCGUACAACUGGCUCAACGACGAAGUACCUACUAUCGUCGUUCCAGGUAAACCUCCGCGCUGGACACCACUCCAGGCUCCACAGCGUUUGAAGGAAGACGACGGACAGUACUUCCGCGACCCCAAUGCUGCAAAGUAUCCCGACUUCCCAAUGGCGCCUGUCGUUCAUGCCAUUACGGAGACCAAUCCCGAAUUCGACGCCACAAACACCGAUCUUUUCGCAUGCGGAAGCACCCUCGGGAACCUCCUACGCUUCGCUCGUGGCAUUGACAAAGCCUUCCGGUUCAACAUUGAGGUCAUCGGAGAGAGUGUCUUCUUCGUUCGAAAGGAGAACGACCCCAGAGAAGUUAUCAAGGAUAUCAGAGGCUUUGGUCAUACGUUUCCAGAAGCAUACACCACAUGGGAGCAUAGUGUCAAGGGCUCCGAGACACACCAGCGCAUCAUACGAUAUGAGUUUGGCGGCUUGGAGUGUCUUGUACGCUUCGAAAGCGACGGCUACAUUGAUGACUCCCUAGCAGUCCGUGAUGUCGCGCCCGCACACACUGCUGGGGACCAAGAUGAGCUUCUGCAAGCAUUCCAGCAAGCAGCCAUCGGCCGUCCGCCCAGCAACCCGAUGGGUAAGCCUGAAGAGAUCAAGAUCGGACACGGCGGAUCUGCAGUACCGCAUCACUCCAUUUUCGACCUGAAGACGCGCUCAGGCAAAUAUAAGAAACCCAUCGACAUGACCGACAUCUACCCGGCGCUCUGGAUGAAACAGAUAUCCAACUUCAUCGUUGCCUACCACGACGGCCAUGGCCUCUUCGAAGAUAUACAGGUACGAGAUGUCAAGAGCGAUGUGCGAGCCUGGGUGCGAGAGAAUAGAGACGGCAUCCGCCGCUUCGCAACACUCCUCAAUGAGAUCGUCGACAUCGCCAAGAGCAGCACAAACAAGUUGCUCGAAGUGUAUUGCCCCGGAGCGGAUCGUCUAGAGAUCCGAAAACAGUAUGGCGACGGCGUACACGCGUUGCCUGCAGACUUGGUCGAAAGGUGGGAGAAGACGGAGUUUAAUGUCUCCUCCACUCUGGAUGAUGCUUCGGACGAGGACGAUUACAAUGACGGUGGUGUCGAUCUUGAUGUAAGGUAUGGAUUUGGCAGUGGCUACGACGACUCGGAGUCUGAGCCAGACUACACUGCCUGUUCUGCUGACGACUGUGGGUACUGUGGAAAGUGCACGUACUAA